UCAAAAAAUGCCUUGUUAUAGUUUCGCGUGCAUUAAGGCGGGAUUGUAGCUUCGAUUCAUCUACGCCAUCUCGAUUGGUAAUAAAGGAACGGUGAUGGUUCGCAUAAGGUAACGAACGGAGACAAAGCUAUUGUGUUCUGGUUUUCGUAGCUAACGUCGCGUUCGCGAUUUUGGGAUGUUAGUCCCUUUGCAUGUAUUUAUUGCAUUGUAGACAGUGCUCAACGUUUCUACAAUGGCGCAGAACUGCUAUGAGGUAGAUGUUUUUGUUAUAAAUAGUGACGGUUGCUUAUCGCCAAAACUUCCAAAAUGUGUUCAAUUAAGAUUGGAUUACGACCCUGAGGGACUUAAUAUUAAAAUAAUCAAUGGUGACGGUAAUGCUUGCAUGGAAUUACCUGUACAUCCCACUACAGACUGCAGUCACGUGUCCUCCAAAUCAUUUGUAUAUAAUACGGAAAAUGAAACAUUAUUUAUAAAAUUUCGAGAAUAUCAAGAUGCCUGCAAUUUUACAAUGGCAGUGAAAAAGGCUAAAUCGGGUAAAGGAGCGUCCGUCUUCUCGGUGCGAACAGAAGAUUCCUCAGCCACACAGUAUUUUCAGUUUUACGGAUAUUUGUCACAACAGCAAAAUAUGCUACAGGAUUUUGUAAGGACCUACACAUACCAAAGAGCAAUACUAAGCAAUUUAAAUGACUUCAAGGACAAAGUCGUAUUGGAUGUAGGGGCUGGUUCCGGAAUAUUGUCAUUCUUUGCUGCUCAAGCGGGGGCUAAACGAAUAUACGCAGUUGAAGCUUCAAGUAUGGCUCAUUAUGCACAAAAAUUAGUCACAGCUAACAAUUUACAAGAUCAUAUAAAAGUUAUACCAGGGAAAAUAGAGGAAAUAGAAUUACCAGAGAAAGUGGAUGUCAUAAUAUCGGAACCAAUGGGGUAUAUGUUAUACAACGAAAGAAUGUUAGAAACUUACCUUCAUGCAAAAAAAUGGCUGUUUCCUGGUGGAAAAAUGUAUCCAGCUCGUGGCGAUCUUCACAUAGCUCCUUUUACAGAUGAUGCUUUAUAUAUGGAACAAUUUAGUAAAGCGAACUUUUGGUUUCAAACUUGCUUCCAUGGUGUAAAUCUGUCAGCGUUACAAAGUUGCGCUCUGAAAGAAUAUUUUAGGCAACCAAUAGUAGACACGUUUGAUAUUCGAAUUUGUAUGAGCAAAUCGAUAAGGCACGUGGUAGACUUUUUAGAAGCUUCAGAAACAGAUUUACACACAAUUGAUAUUCCAUUAGAAUUUCAUCUUUUAGAAACUGGCACUUGCCACGGCCUAGCAUUUUGGUUUGAUGUCGCAUUUGCAGGCUCACAACAAACAGUUUGGUUAAGUACGGGUCCCACUGAACCAUUGACACAUUGGUACCAAGUGCGUUGCUUACUUGAAAGGCCUCUAAUAGUGAAACAAGGACAACUGCUUACCGGCAGAGUAGUUCUAGUUGCCAAUAAAAGGUAUGUAACUAUUUUUUUUGUUUUUGUUUUAUUGUUACCAGAAUUUUACACCCUUUUUCUUUAUUCUGUGUAAGAAACUGAAAGUGCG